ACUGUUCAAUAAAUCCGGUUAGGCAAUGCGGUCCUGGGACAAACAUCACUGGAACGCCUUCUUGGCAAGCGGUUUAUUUACUGUCGAUUCGUUUGUUGUGUGAAACGUGUCUUCUCAGUAGAUGACUCGAAAAACAUAUGAGCUGGAAUUAGUUUCCAGAAUCACAACGUCAAAUGAAACCUACAAGGAUACGACCAAAGAAGAAAACAGCCUGCCUCAAGAACAAGCUGACCGGAUCAAGGAUCUCGUCCGUGAUGAUCAUCGUUGGUUCAAGAAUUUGUUUCCGAUUUUGGAAUGGCUGCCGAAAUAUUCUUGGAAAAGCGAUUUCCUAGCAGAUAUAAUCGUGGGAUGUACGUUGGCCACGAUGCAAAUUCCGCUAGGAAUGGGCUACGCGUUAAUUGCAUUCCUUCCUCCGAUUGUAGGAAUUUACAUGGCAAUUUUCCCGAUUUUGGUGUACAUUUUCCUGGGCACUUCGCGGCACAACUCGGUGGGUUCAUUUUCUGCCGUCUGCAUAGUGCUUGGUAAAUCUGUGGUCGCACUCUCUACCACCAGUUCCGGAGAUAUGAUGGCAAGAAAUUUAACCGUGGAAGACAGCAAAGUUCCCCAGAGCAUUCACGGGGAUCCAAUUGAAAUUGCGGCCGCAGUUUGUCUUGCGUGCGGUGUUAUUCAGCUAAUAAUGUACGCUUGUCGGUUUGGUGCGGUUUGCCAUCUACUGUCGUUUCCGCUAAUUUCUGGAUUCACGACCGGAGCUGGCUUUCAAGUACUGACCUCACAGAUGAAGGAUUUGCUUGGGCUUCCGUUACCGCCUAUCGUGGGUAGCUUUCGACUAAUUCGUACAUACAUUGCCGUUUAUUCGAACAUCAACCAAGUGAAUCCAGUUUCUCUGUUGCUUUCAAUUGUUACAAUCACGCUGCAAUUGAUAAAUGUCGAUUAUAUCCAGCCGAAAAUAGUCAAAUAUUCGAGAGUACCUAUUCCCGUUGAGCUUGUAGUGAUGAUUAGUGGAAUAUUUCUGUCGAGAUUUUUUCACCUUCAUGAAGAGUUCCACAUACGAACACUUGGAACAAUUCCCACUGAAUUUCCCUCCCCUGCCAUUCCGAACGUUAACCUGUUGAGAUCCGUUCUGAUGAACGCUUUCAUGAUAGCAAUAGUUGGCUACAUAAUGUCGAUCGCUAAAGCUCUUCCGGCCGCCAGGACGAAUAAAUAUCGAAUCGCUUUCGGCCAGGAGCUGUUGGCAAUGGGUGCGAGUAGCAUUUUCGCGAGCUUCUUUUCCUGUAUUCCGGUAGCAGCCUGCCCGGCCCGUUCAACGACUAUGGUUAUGUUUGGCGCAAAAUCCCAAAUUGCAACGCUGGUCACCGGUGUUACAAUGAUUGUCGUUUUACUCUGGAUUGGACCGCUUUUGGAACCUCUGCCUGUUUGUGUCCUGGCCGGAUUCAUUUCCGUCAGCUUGAAGGGACUUCUACUGCAGGUGAUGCAGUUUAUGGGCUUUUGGAGAAAAAGCUUCAUGGAUGGGAUCGUAUGGAUGGGAACUUUUCUGACGAUUUUAGUGGUCAGUAUUGACGUUGGUAUUCUGGUAGGACUUGGAUUGAAUUCCGUCUCAAUGAUAUUUCGAUGGACACAGACGAGUACUUGUCAGUUGGGCAAAGUGCCCAACACCAUUAUGUUCGAAGAUGUUGAAAAAUACAAAGGAGCUAUCACCACACUGGAAGUGAAAAUUUUCCGUUUUUGUGGCAGCUUGAAUUCUAUAUCCAUGAUCAACUUCCGGCGAAGGCUGUAUCGGGCAUGGGAUUCUGAUAAUGAAAGAUUACGUAGUAAUCGUUAUUUGGUGAUAGAUUUUACGACACUAAAUGAUAUCGACAUGAUGGCGGAGAUUACAAUGUUGUCGAUAAUUAACCAUUUUAAAGCACUAUCAAUAGAAUUAGUUUUUAUAGCAGAAAACGAUAGCCCAAUAUUCGAGCAGAUUCGGAGUUUUUCUGAUCAGAGUCAAUCGAUGGGCUGUAAAAUAUUUCCCACCAUCCACGAGGCAGUACUUCAUGCAAGUCCUAUUUUUUAAACGGCUUGGGAAAGUCGCAAUAUCUAUUAACGAGAAUUUUAAUAGUAAUAAUACUCGUUAACUUUUCGUUUGAGUGUUUGAACAGAAUGAUUUUACAAGGAUAAAUUUUUUAAAUAUUA